GUGUGUGUGUGUGUGAGAGCCGUGUGUACCUGAUGGAGCCCGGAGUUGAAGCUGCGCCCGCGGGCGUGCAAGUGCGCGAUGAACUGUCCGAGAAAUGUCAGAAGUUAUUUCUGGAGUUUUUGGAAGAGUUUCAGGAUAAAACCGGCGAUGCUUUAUAUCUGUCCGACGCGCAGGAGCUGAUCUGACCGGAGAGAAACACACUGACCGUGAGCUUCAGCAACAUCGAGCACUACAACCAGCAGCUCGCCACCACCAUUCAAGAGGAGUACUACAGGGUUUAUCAGCAUCUCUGCCGAGCAGUUCGCCACUUUGCCAGAGAUCAUGGAAAUAUUCCACCGUCCAAAGAGUUUUAUGUGGCUUUUUCAGACUUUCCAUCUAGGCAAAAGAUCCGUGAGCUCUCCACCGCCCGCAUCGGCUCUCUGGUACGCAUCAGCGGUCAGGUGGUGCGAACCCACCCUGUGCACCCGGAGCUGGUCAGCGGCACCUUCCUCUGUCUGGACUGUCAGUCUGUCAUCAAAGACGUGGAGCAGCAGUUCAAAUACACACAGCCGACCAUCUGCAAGAACCCUGUGUGUGCCAACCGCCGCCGAUUCAUGCUCGACACCAACAAGUGCCGCUUCGUUGACUUCCAGAAAGUACGCAUCCAGGAGACUCAGGCGGAGCUGCCGCGAGGCUCCAUUCCUCGCAGUGUGGAGGUGAUUCUGAGGGCGGAGGCCGUGGAAACCGCACAAGCAGGAGAUCGCUGUGACUUCACCGGCACACUGAUAGUUGUGCCUGAUGUGUCCGCCAUGGCGCUCGCUGGCACGCGGGCAGAAACCAGCAGCAGGGUGACUGGGAAGGAGGGCUUUGAGGCUGAUGGCAUUCAGGGGCUCAAGGCUUUGGGUGUCCGAGAACUCUCCUACAGACUGGCCUUCCUGGCUAACUAUGUGGCCCCAACCAACCCACGGUUUGGAGGGAAGGAGCUUCGUCAGGAGGAUCAGACAGCUGAGAGCGUGAAGAACCAGAUGACCGUACAGGAAUGGGAGAAAGUGUUUGAGAUGAGCCAAGACAAGAAUCUCUAUCACAACCUCUGCACAAGUCUCUUCCCCACCAUUCACGGGAAUGAUGAAAUUAAACGUGGGAUUCUGCUGAUGUUAUUUGGUGGUGUUGCCAAGACGACCAUGGAGGGAACGUCUUUACGUGGCGACAUCAACGUGUGCAUCGUUGGAGACCCGAGUACAUCUAAAAGCCAAUUUCUCAAGCAUGUGGAGGAUUUCGCCCCCAGAGCGGUGUACACCAGCGGUAAAGCCAGCAGUGCCGCAGGUCUGACCGCUGCUGUGGUCAAAGAUGAGGAGUCGCAUGAGUUCGUCAUUGAAGCAGGAGCCCUCAUGUUGGCCGAUAAUGGGGUUUGUUGUAUUGAUGAAUUUGACAAGAUGGACCUUAAGGACCAGGUGGCCAUUCAUGAAGCCAUGGAGCAGCAGACCAUCUCCAUCACAAAGGCGGGCGUUAAGGCCACUCUGAACGCUCGCACCUCCAUCCUGGCUGCUGCAAACCCCAUAGAUGGCAGAUACAACCGCGCCAAGUCUCUCAAACAGAACGUCAACAUGUCAGCACCUAUCAUGUCCAGAUUUGAUCUCUUCUUCAUACUGGUGGAUGAAUGCAAUGAGGCACCAGUGGACGAGGAGUCAUCUCUGAAGAAAAGUGAGCUCAUUAACUGGUACCUGAAGGAAAUGGAGAGUGAAAUUGAUUCUGAAGCUGAACUCGUCGCCAAGAAGAAUCUCAUCGAGAAAGUGCUAUACAGACUCAUCCAUUAUGAUCAUAUCAUCAUAGAGCUGACUAAAACAGGGCUGAAGAAGAUCAGUGAGGAUGGAGAUGAGCCCGUCGUGGAGGAAGAUCCGUUCCUGGUGGUGAAUCCCAAUUAUAUACUGGAAGACUAGUCAAGCUGGCUUUAAAAACCUUGAUCAUUUUUACCUACUGAUGCUUCUAUGGUCUUAAAUCAUGACUAAUGUAAUGUGCAGCAUUUUUGAUUGAUGAAUCAGAAAAAAAUAAACGGUG